AUGGCUUCAAAGGUCUCAUGCUUAUACGUUUUGACAGUAGUUUGUUGGGCAAGCGCUCUUUGGUACUUAAGUAUAACUCGCCCUACUUCGUCCUACACUGGCCACAGACAGCUCAGUAGCAUAUCUAUAGCCAGGAAAAAUGUUUCCUUUGGCAACAUAAGAACUCGACCUAUAAAUCCACAUUCCUUUGACUUUCUUAUCAAUGAACCCAACAAAUGUGAGAAGAGUGUUCCUUUCUUGGUCAUUCUUAUCAGCACAACUCACAAAGAAUUUGAUGCAAGGCAAGCCAUUCGAGAAACGUGGGGCGAUGAAAACAACUUUAAAGGAAUUAAAAUCGCCACGCUAUUUCUUCUUGGAAAAAACACAGAUCCUGUGUUAAAUCAAAUGGUAGAGCAAGAAAGCCAAAUUUUUCAUGACAUUAUUGUGGAGGAUUUUAUCGACUCUUAUCAUAACCUCACUCUGAAAACAUUGAUGGGGAUGAGGUGGGUAGCAACAUUUUGUUCAAAAGCAAAGUACGUUAUGAAGACAGACAGUGAUAUUUUUGUAAAUAUGGAUAAUCUUAUUUAUAAGCUGCUCAAACCUAACACCAAGCCAAGGAGAAGGUACUUCACCGGUUAUGUUAUAAACGGAGGACCAAUACGAGAUGUUCGCAGUAAGUGGUACAUGCCGAGAGAUCUGUAUCCCGACAGCAAUUAUCCACCCUUCUGUUCAGGCACCGGCUACAUAUUUUCAGCUGACGUAGCGGAACUGAUUUACAAAACCUCCCUUCAUACCAGACUACUUCAUCUUGAAGACGUGUACGUUGGACUCUGUCUUAGGAAGCUGGGCAUUCACCCCUUCCAAAACAGUGGCUUCAAUCACUGGAAAAUGGCUUACAGUUUGUGCAGGUACCGCAGGGUGAUCACAGUGCACCAGAUAACACCAGAAGAAAUGCACAGAAUUUGGAAUGACAUGUCCAGCAAGAAACAUCUUAGAUGUUAAGAUUUUUACAGAUGUAAAUACCUUUUUUUAAUUUUGGUUUAGUGUCGUUAUUUUUUGACAAAGUGAUCUGCUGAUUUACAGGUUAAACUGUGGGAUAUUAACUGUGAGAGGAUUUUUAAUGACUGAUUUUUCAUUCUUAUUUUGACUACUGGUUUACAGACUUCAGGCUGUUUUCAUAAGGACAUUACACCAACCAAAAGGCUCUAGAGUCAAAUCUCAGAUUUUGUAUAUUAUCCUCCAUCACACA